AUGUACGCCUUCCGCUACCUCCUUUGCGUGCUCUCGCUCGUCGCUAUCACCCUGGCACUUGAUUGCAGGAAAUUCUCGUUCGCCCCGGCGUGCCGUGGGAUUAUGCUGAAGCGCAGCGGCCAUUCGGCGCAGACGACGCUUUUCGACCUCUUCGCGCAGCUCGAGUCUGAGGCAAUAAACCCGCAACUAUGCCAUCUACACCGCGCCAUGUCCCCCACCAUCCCCUAUAUACACCAGAGAUCUCAAGCCGAGGAGUGUUCAAUAAAUGUCGAUAACCAUUGGGGCCCAUUCGAAUCGCACUCAAAAACGAUCAAUAUACCUUUAUUUCUCAGCCAAAUUAACGUCUCAACGAAUCCGGAUCACAAGUGUAGAUCU